AAAGGAACUCUCUCUUAAUUAUCUUCUUAAUAAUGGGAUAAAGCCACCUUUGAAUCGAAAUACAAUCAUAGUGUCUCUUUGAAUUCUUUCUAGUAUAAACUUCUCGCAUGAGCACCAUCUUUCCACUUCUCCUUCUACAAUAACUGCAGCACUUGUUUUAUAGUUUUUGCAUACAGUACGUAGAAUGAUAUAUGCUUGAUGUUCUGAGACUUGGGAAUCUCAUAAAUCUUAAGGAUAUUGCAAGAGACGCUCCCACAUUUAUUGUUCUCGCCUCUUUCACACCCCUCCAACUCCGAAGCUUGUAACUCUCAAAUUCAGAGAAGCCCGCAGGGAAAAUAACAAUAUUUGGAUAGUGAAGAAGAUGGUAUUUUCUGGUGGAAUUGCUUGUGUUCUGGUUUUUUCUCUUCUUUCGGGUGGUGGAGCAAUUUAAGCACUUUGACAUUGCAGAAUCAGAGAUAUCCAGGAACAAUAAUACUAAAGCUGAGUGAAAAGCUCAUGGGGCUGUCUGUUUUUAGUUCUUUUGUCGCUGUCUUCUUGGUGGUUUUGGUCGAUAUUCAAGCGGGUUUUGUCGAAGGUGACGUGUAUGGCAAGAAUUAUAUUAGUUGGGAAGAUCUGAAGGUAGAUGAGCAUGAGGCAGGAUUGAACACUAGAGAUGCUACAUAUGAACAAAGUCGGAUUAUCAUGGUCGACAAGAAUGGUGGGGGAGAUUCUCUGACGGUUCAGGGAGCAGUCGAUAUGGUUCCAGAGCAUAAUACACAAAGAGUGAAAAUCUUUAUUCACCCAGGAAUAUACAGAGAGAAGGUCUUCGUGCCAAGUUCCAAGCCAUAUAUUUCAUUCAUUGGUGAUCAGAAUCGGACGUCCGAUACCAUAAUUACAUGGAACAAUAAAGCAUCCGAUAAAGAUCGCAACGGAGUUCAACUCGGAACCUAUAGAUCGGCUUCUGUAGCUAUAGAAUCCGAUUACUUCUGCGCUACAGGAAUCACUUUUGAGAACACAGUAAUUGCUGUGCCAGGAGGAUAUGGAAUGCAAGCAGUAGCACUCAGAAUAGCUGGUGAUAAAGCAGUGUUCUACAGAGUCAGGAUUUUGGGGACGCAGGACACUCUCUUGGAUGACACUGGAUCACACUACUUCUACCAGUGUCACAUUCAAGGGAGUGUAGACUUCAUAUUUGGAACGUCGAGGUCACUCUAUCAGGAAUGCGUCAUUGAAUCAAUAGCUAAGAAUUGGGGGGCAAUUGCAGCUCAUCACAGGGAUUCACCUUAUGAAAAUACUGGGUUCUCUUUUGUAAACUGCAACAUCACUGGAACUGGCAGCAUUCUUUUGGGAAGAGCUUGGGGAAACUAUUCGAGAGCAGUCUACUCAUAUUGCAAUAUAGAUGAUAUCGUAACUUCGUCAGGAUGGAGUGACUGGAAACACCCAUCCAGGCAGAAGACGGUGGUGUUUGGGGAAUACCAGUGCAAGGGCAGAGGAGCAGAUACGAGAGGUCGUGUAUCAUGGUCCAAGUCUUUCAGUUAUGAGGAAGUUCAGCCUUUCCUAGACAAGAAAUUCAUAAGUGGAGAACAAUGGCUUAGACUUUAGUGCUUGAUUCUCUCACAUAGCUUGUUCAUUUCUUUAUCAUUUCUCUAUCAUAUAUUCAUCCUCCUAUAUCACGGAUUCUUCAUGUCCUAGAGGCUAAAAACA